CAGCGCAGGAAGCAGAGGGCUGCAGGGCUCAGCCUCCCGGAAGUUGUUGCUGUUCUCUCUGUGUUACAGUGUGUCAGCGCAGGAUUGUUUCCCUGGCACCACAGGCACAGCCAUGGAGGAUAUGAUGAGGCUCCAGCAUCUCUCUGCCCGGGUCCUGCUGCCCCUCCUCCUCAGCCUGGCCAUGGUGGCGACACAGACCAGCUCUCCGGUGCCAGCCCCCCUCACCAGACCUUGCAGCUUCUACACCGGGACGUCUUGUGAAGAAUGCCUGAAAAAUGUUUCUUGCCUGUGGUGUCUGACAAAUAGCACAUGUCUGGAGUACCCUGUCAGAUCCAUCCUGCCCCCCUCCUCCCUCUGCGCCAUGUCAGCCGCCAGAUGGGGGGCUUGUUGGAUAAAUUUUGAAGCGUUGAUCAUCACAAUGGGCGUGGUGGCGGGAAUCCUUGUGCUGAGUAUCAUAGUUUGCUGUUGUUACUGUUGCUACUGUCGAAAGAGUUCAAGUUCACGGCUAAGACUGGAAGCAGAAGAAGAAAAUCUCAUCCGAGAACGUGAGAAGAGGAAACAAGAGUCCCUACAGAGAAAGAACGAAAGGACCAUAAAACACAAUGAGAUCCGGAAGAAAUACGGCCUCCUGCAAGAUAUGGAUCAUCCCUACAGCAAAUUUGAUAACGAGUAGAUUUGGAUGAGACCCGUGGAUUUGAUUCCGUCCUGCCGCAUGAGCAAAACCCUGCAGAUGCCGGACUGACCGCAGAUUAUUUCCACAGUGUGAUAAUGGGUGCAUGAGGCUCCUGGGGUGCUUAACGCUGACCGUACACCUAGUGAUAGUUGCUAACGAUCUGACCGAGGUCAACCAUUGUGUCUGUGGUACUGAAGAGAGAUCUGUUCCCACCCACAGAACUGGAUUCUAUUGGUCGGAACAAGUAUCUGAACUUUAAACGUUUCCCCCCCCCCGUCAUUUGUUUUUAACCCUUUGAUUAGAGGACGGAUAUGCACAUAAAUAAUAUUCGCAAUGGUCGGAACUUCAUUUUCAUUGCUCCAGACAUCUUCACUUCACAGCUUCCUGAUUUCGACUGCUCAGAAUUUUAAUGCGGACCUGUCACCUCUCCCGACAA